AUGUCAGCUUCAGCUCUACGUAAAAAACUUGAAGAUGGGUUGGAGACAAUUAGCCAGUCCAGUGUGGGAUCAAUGGCCAGGGUGGACCAUACACUCAGGACGCUUCUCCAAUCUGAAGAAAAGGGUUGCCGCGCCCUCUGUGGUGGGAACCCAUUAACACAAUCUGGCAAGGUGAAACAAAUGAUCCGUAUGAUGGGCCUGACCAUGGUGCCUGUCAUAGCACUUAUUGGUCUUGCUCUAAAUGACCUGACUACAACAUUAAGAGAGAAUGAAGAAGCCUAUAAUAUCCGUCAAACCAUCUUCUUCAGCCGGGAUAUCGGAAAUCUGCUACAUUGCUUACAGAAUGAACGUGAUAUGACCACGCUACAUAUUAGCACGCUGGGACCAGUGACAAAACAGUUCCUGAGCGAUACAUACCCUGAAACAGACUCGGCGCUAGAUGCUAUGGACCAAUGGCCAGUGAGGGAAAAGCAGGAUCUCACACAGUUUCAGAGCAAGAUUGAAUUCCAGAAGUACCUUGAUGAUCACCGUGUCUAUCUCGAUGGGUCAAACUCCUCCAUUUAUGAUGAAGUGGAAUUCUACACAAACAUCAUCAAAGUCUUUAUUGGUUGGCUUUAUCAGAACAUCGCCAAUUCAUCUGGCAGAGAUGGAAUCUGGCGACAGUUGGUGGCAUAUCAAUUGGUGAUAAUUGCUAAAGAAGACAUAGGAGUAGAACGAACUCUUGGUGGUAUUUUUUACACAAAUGGAAGAUUUCGAAAAUACAAUGACUAUCUAUGGUAUAUGGAAAAAUGGGCUAAGGGUAAUGGCAACUUUGAAGCUUCUGCAAAGUAUGAACCAAACAUUUUGAACACCUACCAAAAAAAGAUUGAUGUACUUGAUUCGACAGUAACUCAGAGCGUGGCAGACAUGAGAAACACUAUAAGACUGAACAGCGCCACCAACGAAGCCUCGUGGAGAACAGGUACAAUGUGGUUCGAUAAUAUGACAUAUUACAUGGAUGUCAUAACCAGCGUUCAAGAUGCACUCGCUGUAAAGAUCCUUAGUGAGUUAGAUUCUCAAAUACAGGAGGACCUCGUUCAGCUUGGGAUCAGCAUUGGUAUAUUGGUGUUCGUGCUUCUGAUGUGUCCGAUCAUUAUUAACUCGGUCUAUAGCCUCACUGACCGUAUACAGCAGUAUGCAAUCACCUUGGUAGAUCAGACAGCCCAGUUGCAGAGAGAACGUAAACGCAACGAUUCACUGCUGUAUCAGAUGCUUCCACAGGCUGUUGCCGAACGACUCAAGAAAAACAAAGACGUCCUGGCUGAAUCCUUUGAGGAAGUCACCAUCUUCUUCUCAGAUGUCGUGGGAUUUUCAGCUAUCUGCGCAGAAAGUUCUCCUCUGCAAGUUGUACGCAUGCUCAACAACAUUUAUACAUUAUUUGAUUCCCGGAUUGAGCAAUAUGACGUGUACAAAGUGGAAACAGUCGGGGAUUCUUACAUGGUUGCAUCAGGUUUGCCUAGACGAAAUGGUAAACGCCACUCUGGCGAAAUUGCUACUAUGUCCCUAGAUAUUCUACAUUAUAUCGCUACAAUGGAGAUAGCUCAUUUACCUGGAGUUAGAAUGAAGUUACGCAUCGGAAUGCAUACUGGUCCCGUGGUGGCUGGGGUUGUUGGCGCAAAGGCGCCCAGGUAUUGUCUGUUCGGUGACACAGUUAAUACGGCCUCAAGAAUGGAAUCUAAUGGCGGGGAUAACAGAAUUCAUCUUUCACAUAGCUCAUUUUGUGCUCUAAAUUAUCUUGGUGGAUAUCAUAUGGUGAAAAGAGGAGAGAUCUCCAUCAAGGGCAAAGGAAAAAUGUCUACCUAUUGGUUAACUCGCAAGGAAGGGUUAGAAUAUGAGAUAGCUGGCACGCUGCCAAAUGACCCGGCUGUUGAAAGAUCCGAGAGUGGCGACUUGUCGGUCGGCUAA